AUUUUCUAAAUUGUGUGCAAACAGAACCAAGCUUCAGCUAAAGAAAGAAAGGGAUGAAGAGCCUUCUGCUUCUAUUUUUGCUCUUCACAACAUUUUCUUCUGCAUUUCCUGCAGACUGGGAGAUGGAGAAUGAAGAAAACAUGCAACUGGCUCAGGCAUAUCUCAACCAGUUCUACUCUCUUGAAGCAGAAGGCAGUCAUCUUGUUCAAAGCAAGAAUAAGAGUCUUAUAGAUGGCAAACUUCAGGAAAUGCAAGCAUUUUUUGGAUUGACAGUGACUGGAAAACUGGACUCAAACACUCUUGAGAUCAUGAAGGCACCCAGGUGUGGGGUGCCUGACGUGAGUCAGUAUGGCUACACUCUCCCAGGAUGGAGAAAGCACAACCUCACAUACAGAAUCAUAAAUUACACUCCAGAUAUGGCAAGAGCUGAUGUGGAUGAGGCCAUCCAGAAAGGUCUAGAAGUGUGGAGCAAAGUCACCCCACUGGUCUUCACAAAGAUUUCCAGGGGGAUCGCAGACAUUAUGGUUGCCUUUAGGACCCGAGUCCACGGUCGGUGUCCUCGUUAUUUUGACGGCCCUUUGGGAGUCCUCGGCCAUGCCUUUCCUCCUGGUCUGGGUCUGGGUGGAGACGCUCACUUCGACGAGGAUGAAAAUUGGACCAAGGAUGGAGGAGGAUUCAACUUAUUUCUUGUGGCUGCUCAUGAAUUUGGUCAUUCACUGGGACUCUCUCACUCCAAUGAUCAAACAGCUUUGAUGUUCCCAAAUUAUAUCUCCCUGGAUCCUAGCAAAUACCCACUUUCUCAGGAUGAUAUCAGUGGAAUCCAAUCCAUCUAUGGAAGUCUACCCAAGGCACCUGCUAAGCCAAAGGAACCCACUGUGCCCCAUGCCUGUGACCCUGAUUUGACUUUUGAUGCUAUCACCACUUUCCGCAGAGAAGUAAUGUUCUUUAAAGGCAGGCACAUAUGGAGGAUCUAUUAUGAUAUCACUGAUGUUGAAUUUGAGUUAAUCUCUUCAUUCUGGCCAUCUCUGCCAGCUGAUAUUCAAGCUGCAUAUGAGAACCCCAAAGAUAAGAUUCUGGUUUUUAAAGAUGACAACUUCUGGAUGAUCAGAGGAUAUGCUGUCUUGCCAGAUUAUCCCAAAUCCAUCUAUACACUUGGCUUUCCAAGAUAUGUGAAGAAAAUUGAUGCAGCUGUCUGUGACCACAACACAAGAGAAACCUACUUCUUUGUGGGCAUUUGGUGCUGGAAGUAUAAUGAGGUGAGCCAAACCAUGGACAAAGGGUACCCACAGCGGGUGGUAAAACGCUUCCCAGGAAUUGGUCUCCGAGUUGAUGCUGCCUUCCAGGAUAAAGGAUUCUUCUAUUUCUUCCGUAGGUCAAAGCAAUUUGAAUAUGACCCUAAGGCAAAGAAUAUUACCCAAAUGAUGAAAUCCAAUACUUGGCUCCGAUGUAAAGAACCAUUAAACUCAUCACCUGAUUUCAGUGUCAGUGAGGGACAAGUACACUCAGAAGGAGUGAAGAUGGUUCACCCCAAAACUUUAAACUUGCUUAUUUUCAGUAUAGUUCAUGUACUGAAAAAAAUCUACAUUUAUCAAUAAAUUCAUAGGACUAAAAUAAACCUCAAGAGGUCAUUUAAUCUGAACUGUGCAUCAAAGUAGAAAAGAACUAUAGCUGACUCUUGAACACUGCAGGGGUUAAGGGCUCUGACUUCCUGUGCAUUUGAAAAUCCACAUAGUUUUUGACUCCCCAAAAACUUUACCAAUAGCCUACUGUUGACUAGAGGCUUUGCAAAUAACAUAAACAGUCCAUUAACAUAUAUUUUGUAUGUUGUAUGUAUGAUAUACUGUAGUCUUUCAAUAAAGUAAGCUAGAGAAAUUGUCACAAAUCUCCAAAAAAUAUUUCCAAUAUAUUUAUUGAAAAAAAAAGUCUUUGUAUGUAAUGAGUUAAAAAAAUAUGUAUCUGGUCAUUCAUAUGACCAAAUGUAGAUUUCCCAGGUAUAUUUGGUCUUUAUCCACAGUUCCUGAAAACACUGCAAUCUUAACAGUGCAACGGGUGUUUUGUCAUACUAAUAAGAGAUUUUUGGACCCCCCACCCAAGGGCAGGGGCUGAAGACUGAAUCAGCCAAUGGCCAAUAAUUUAGUCAAUCAUGACUAUGCAAUGAAGCCUUCACAAAACCCAUGAGAACAGCUGGCUCCCUCUGCUCUGCUCUGCCUGCUCCACUCAGUUGGAUCCUGCUUCUUGGUCAGAGAGGGCGUCUGUGCUUGGGGGACCAGAACACCUCCACAUGCCACGGAGCCAGGCCCCGAGCUCCACAAGGAUAGCACAUCCUUUAUUUGGGACCUUGCCCUGUGUCUCUCUUCUUCUGGCUGUUAACUUGUAUCCUCCAAGGUACCCUUUAUUAAACUAGUAAACUUAA